CGCGCUCCGUAGUUGCGCCAGCAUCGCGCUCCACGUGUGAAAAUAGCCAGGAAAAGCGAACACACAAACGCACACACACGCACACGCGCGCAUACGUCAAGUACACGUACACAAAUGCGCGCGAGGGAAAAGCGCUAGGUCAGAGGAAAGUGAAAAGUGAAAAGCGUGAGGAGAGCGCGACGACGCAGGAAUCGGACGACGUAACCAGGUGGGGGAAAAUGGCGCUGCUCGCCUACCGGGACAAGCACAUCCUGAGUGCCCAGCAGCUGAGGAAGCUGAGCGAGCACAAGUACUCCUGCUUCAGCGCCAGCCUGCUCGAUCCGCUGCUGCAGCCGUGGUGGAACUGGCUGGUCGCCCAGACGCCCCUUUGGCUGGCCCCCAAUCUCAUCACCAUCGUGGGACUGAUCCUCAAUGUGGUCACCACCCUGAUAUUAAUCUGUUAUAGCCCGAAUGGCGUUGAGGCUCCGCCGCGUUGGACCUGCUUGCUCUGUGCGCUGGGUCUGUUCAUCUACCAGAGUCUGGACUCCAUCGACGGGAAGCAGGCGCGACGCACGAAUACCUCAUCGCCGCUGGGCGAACUUUUCGACCAUGGCUGUGACUCCAUAUCGACGGUGUUCGUGGCCCUGUCGGCGUGCAUCUCCUGCCAACUGGGGCACUAUCCCAACUGGCUGUUCUUCCAGUGCUUCUGUGCUAUUGCGCUCUUCUACUGCGCCCACUGGCAGACGUAUGUGUCUGGAACGAUGCGGUUCGGCAGAAUUGAUGUGACGGAGGCUCAGUUCUCGAUUAUAGCCAUUCACUUGGUUUCGGCUGCACUGGGUCCUGAGAUAUGGCUCACCAAGAUCGGCAUUGGCAGUAUACAGCUUUGGUAUGGGCCGGCAGUGACGACCAUUGUGUGCGGUCUGCUCUCCCUAACUUAUGUGUUUUCCGUCAUUAAAGCCGGUGGUGUUGGCAAGAACGGCUCGACAGUUGCUGGCACCAGUGUCCUCUCGCCCAGCAUUCCGCUCACGCUGGUGGUGCUGCCCGCCCUGAUGAUUGCCCAGAAGUCGCCGCAGAACCUCUUCACCGAGCACGCAUCGGUGUACAUCAUGGCCUUCGGCAUGGUGGCCGCCAAGGUCACCAAUAAGCUGGUGAUCGCCCACAUGACCAAAGCGGAGAUGGAGUAUCUGGACUGGUCGCUGCUCGGCCCCUCGCUGCUGUUCCUCAACCAGUACUUCAACUGCAUCGUGCCGGAGAUCUGGCUGCUGUGGUUCACGCUCAUCUGGGGCACACAGGAUCUGCUGCGCUACUGCGCCCAGGUGUGCCUCGAGAUUUGCCAGCACCUGCGCAUCGAUCUCUUCCGGAUACCGUACACGCCCAAGGGCGCGACCCAGCAUCCGGCCACCGCCUCGGUGAGCAGCCAGAGCAACUUUGGCAGCAGUGCGGACAAGAACGGCGGCAGCGCGCAUCGGAAGUCGAAGAGCAAACCGCACUAGGCUCCGGUUAUCCGCUACAUUAAUUAGUAAUUUUACAAAUUUACGUCGUUAGAACCGAGGGAUACUCGUAGGAGCAGGCGAAUGGGGAGCGCAAGUAAUACAAACCAACCCAACAAAAUUCACCGUCGAUGUUUUGGCUAAAUAACCAUAACCAAAACCACUGAGAAACAACCAAACGAAAUGAAACUAAACAAUAAAGCAGAUAGUGAAGUUAGCGAAAGGGCGAAGCAAGUUGAUGUUGCUCCUACAUUUUAGGAUAUAGUUUACAACGCGUCGUUGUAGCAAAGAAGGCAAAGUGGCUAGGGCUGCUGGGAGAAAGAACUGUUGCAGUCUCCGGAUAUCAAUUAUAUGGCUAAAUAUUUAAAGAAAAUAAAUACCUAUAUUUUGUAUGAUUGUGUAAGUUGUAAUAAAUCUAGACAGCAGUACUUUUACUGCGCCAAUUCACACAUGUGCAAAUGCCAAAAAGAGAGCAGAGCCGCCAGCCCGAAAAUAGCUCGACGAAAGCUCAACUUACGUUUAAGUCCUGUAACCAACCAGCCAUUGGCAAUCGAUCCAUCCCACGAAAGACAGCAGAUCAAGUGCGAGCGCAGUUGUUGAGUUCAGUUGAGGCCAGUAUCUAUAUCAAUCUAUCUAUUCAUGUUACUCGUUUAAGUGCUCAGUUCUCUACUCAUCGAGGUCGUCCGAAGGGCCGCGACAUUCUAAAUGGUGACUCAUUUCAAAAAGCGCACUACCUACCUUGACUAGGCCCAUAAUUUAAGUGCGUUUCGCGUGACUACAUCUUAUGCAUCCUAAUCCUAGCUGAAAACCUAUGUUUGUAGCUCGCACGGCGCUGGCCGGCAACUUUAUAGUUAAACUAUUAUGGAUUAUGUUUUAUGUUGUACAUGAAAAUGGAGACGAAGCAAGCAGCAAGAACUAGAAAUAAAACGAAUUGCUAUACGUAA